AAAAAAAAACAAUUUAAAUAUGAUAUUAAGGUUCAAGAAUUAGGCACUGAACAUUGAACUUGCAAGUCAAUAAAAGAACGACAAAAAAUGGCUGAUUCUGCACCAAUUCUUGUCCCAUGUCCUGAUAACAUUUUGUUGCAAUGUUUUGAACGUGAGGCUUGAAUGUAUCUCAUUCUCUCCCUUGUCUCCUAGGUUACCGCUGGAUCUGCACCAUUAAAACCCACUCUGAACCUGCAACUGCAAAGUCGGAGGACAAAAGGCGACAGUCCUUUGACUUUCUCAAGAGAAAAUAAUUACAUAACUUUCAACAGUGUUUGAGACAGAACCAUGCAGUGGAGAAGGCGCCUCUGUUGUACACGGUUAGGAAAACUCGGCUUUUUCCUCCUACUGAUGGCGCUGCUGAUCUCUCUGAUUCUUCACAUUUGGCAAAAUAUCACAGCAGGCAAUUCGGGGCUGUCAAAAGUUGAAGGACUUCAUGUGGAGAAAUCAAUAGAGAACACAAGCAUUUCUAUCUGGAUCCCCGUCAAAGGCAAAGAAAACAUUUCCCAUGGGAAGCUAAACAUCUCUACCCAGAGAGGUGCAGCUGUGGAGCAAUCCAAGUCAGCCAAGGUCAACCAAAGUGAGGAGGGAGGCAUUCAUCGCACGUUGCUCAAUGGCCUUUUCCCUUAUAUCAUCAAUGAACCAGACAAAUGCCAAGAGAGUCAGGCGGCACCAUUUCUGGUGUUCAUAAUAACCACGGAAGCUUUGCAGGUGGAUGCCAGGGAUGCGAUCAGGCAGACCUGGGCGAACGAGACUUUGAUCCGAGAUGUGGGAGUCGUGCGCCUCUUUCUGCUAGGAAAAUGUGAGGGGGAAGAGGGUAGUCGUCAGCAAAGGAUACUCCAGAAAGAGAGUCUAAAAUAUCAUGACAUAAUACAGCAGGACUUCCUGGAUUCAUACAAAAACCUGACGCUGAAGACCUUGAUGGGUCUGCACUGGGUAGCACGGUAUUGCUCCAGGGCCAGCUAUGUCAUGAAGACUGACAGUGACAUGUUUGUCAACACGGAGAACCUUAUCCAGGGGCUGCUCAGGCCAGAACUGAAGCCCAAGAGGAACUACUUUACAGGAAGACUUAUUAGUAACGACUUGCCCAUCCGAGAUAAAAAGAGCAAGUUCUACGUUUCCAAAAAAGAAUACCCAGAAGGGAAAUAUCCCAUCUUCUGCUCUGGGACCGGUUACGUGCUCUCCGGAGACUUGCCGCUCAAAAUUUACACAACAUCUCUGAGUAUGCGUCAACUGCAUCUGGAGGAUGUGCAUGUGGCAUUGUGCCUGGCCAAGCUUGGACUGAAGCCCAUCGUGCCACCUCACGAAUUUCUGUUCAACCACUGGCGGGUGCCCCUCGCAGGAUGCCGGUACAACCGUCUGAUCACGUCGCAUGGCUUUCAGCCCAAGGAAAUCAUUCAACACUGGAGGAUCCAGCAGAGCAACAAGGAAAAAUGUACAACCAUUUUUUGGGGAAACUGAUGAGACAAAAUCCAUAUCAUAAUACUUUUUUUAACUUUCAUUUGGAAACAUGAAAAAAGCUCAUUGUGUAACCAUACACAAGGCAUCUGUACCUAAAAUAAGGGAAGACAAGCGGGAAAUACUUGCCUAUAAUUCGGUUGUCAUUGUUACAGAAAUGAACAUUCAAUGUGAUGCAAAAGAUGAAAAGUACUUCCAGCAAGAUGUAAAAUAUAUACAGUAAUAUAAAGUCUGACUGUGACAGUUUCUCACUUAAAAAAGAUGGAAUAGUCUGGCAAGCAAACACAUGGUUCUUGGGAAUCAAAUACUGGGAACGAGUUCUCACAAGGAGGUUCUCAAUUCUUAGCCUGAAUCAGAGAUGAUGCACGUGCUCAUUUAAGUCCCUCACAACGCUGACAUCCCUGCAACACAGCUUGUGAUAGGAACUCACACAGGAGCCAAGAUUUGUAAAGGUUUAGAAAUCUGCGCAAUAGCCAAGUGUCGAGAUGGGGCUCACUAGUAGAUGUCAAACUGAAAUUCUUGGUUCCAAAGUUGUGAUUUGGUGAUCAUUCAAGUUACAUGUUCAAAGAUGUGUUUUGCCUCAAAGAAAAUUCAAGUGAAGUUUAUUUUCUGGGAUUCGUGCAGAUUCAGCGCUUCUUAUUAUGAACAUAAUGCAAAUGAAUCAAGUGUACAGUCAGGCACAUUUUCAGAAAGGUCACAGCCACUGGCCAAACUUCAUUUUGAUACUUUUUUGCAGUUCUUAUUGACUCCAAUGAUGCCAGUGUGCUACAUCUGGAAAGGUUUGUUGCUAAAUGCCCGGCUGUAAUGAAUUUUUAGAUGAAUCAGUCACCAAUACAGCGCUACAGUUUUUUUUUUUUAGCCUGUAUCCUGCCAUUUAAACGUGUUGGUUUUCUGCCACAAAUCAUGGUGGUUGACUGACAUAUGAAGGAAUUGAUUUAUUUAAGGUUUGCGCGUGAAAAACACGACGUGAGAGGAAAUUGCAAAGUCAGGCCGCAGUCCUUCGAAUAAAGUUGCCUUCCCUUACGAAUAAAAACACGAAAACUACUCGCUGCUUGUUGAACUCCCCAUGACCAGAGGUGAAAAAAAAUAAUGUACUUAUUUAGUAUGUUAUUUUCUCACUGUUUUUGGUGUUCUGAAGAUUUUGCAAGAAGUUAGAUGUGAAGAUGUUUGU